UAUUGCAAUCUACAAAAUUGAAAAAAAAAUGUAAGUCUUUCAUUGUUGAGUUGUUUAAUAGCAAUCACUCAAAAAACCCUACACUUAUUUUAUUUCUAUUUUAAAGUUUUGGCAGAACGAAGUCGGUCCGGGCAGCUAGUUAUAUAUUUUAAUAAUCAGGGAAAAACGGCGUAUUGUUUAUCACCAUACUAUUAAUAGCAAGUUUACCUCGUAUGCUAAACGCGUAGUAAUUAAAGAGUUGAGUGCAGACUCCAUAGUGUAGUGAGUCGGUUGUAGCUUGAUUCGGUGCUGCAUCUAUGGUAGUGGAUCCUGUGGAACAUGUGGUCAAGCACGUUAUUCUGCGUGCUUGGCGUGCUCGGCGUGACUUACGUGACGGGCGCGCUGGCUGCACCUGACAACCCGUCCUGUACGAAGCUGGAGCGCGAAUAUACCUCUAGUUUGCCCCGGCGAGCGGUGACCAGUGAGGGAGUGGAGCUGCGAGUGCUGCUCGCGUGGGGCAGUGAGCCCGCGCGCGCUGCCGCCACCCUGCUGCUCGUGUUACUGCGCCAUGUGCGCCGGUACGACAACCUACACCUCACGCCAGCACCCCUGCGCCUCGAAGAACUCGUAAAGACCUACAAGGAACCACCAAAAACCUGGACCGACGCGGUGGUGAGCGUGUCGACGGCGUGGGAGCCAAGUUCGCAGCCGUGGCUGGAGUCAAGGCGCAGCUGGAGCCCGGACGGUGGCGAAUCCUCGGGGCUCGCAGGUCCGCGCCUCAUUGCGUUCGGCGACAGCGGCGUGCCCACGCAGCGCGUGCUGCACGCUCGCCUGAUACCUGCCGCGCCGUUUGCCGCCUGCCGACGCCGAGCGCGUUGGACAUUUUACACCAACACCACUAUUCUCGAGCUCUGUGGCUUUCUCAACUUCUCGUCCACUGACCUUCCUUCUGUAUCCAGUCCGAGCCAGCUACCUCGUCAACAUGAGGGCUCGGAGUCGGAGAUGGUGGUGUACGGCGUGGGUGAGAGCGCGGACCUCCUGCCCGAGCUGGUGAGCCGUGCCCGCGCAGCCGGCGUCCGGCUUCGACCGCAGUCGGUGGACCGCGCCACGCUCACCCACUAUAUACGAACUGCUAAUCUUUCUUUUUUAUUCAUAGAUUACGACUUCUGGCGUGAAGAACCAAAUGUAUGUGUUGUCGAACCCCCCCCUUGCAUCUCCAACACAUCAGUAUGCCAACGGGAACUGGAUGCUGUCAUAGCAAUACGAGUUGGAGACAUAAAUGUGUUGCAGUCAUAUGAACCGGAUCUAUUGCAGCUCAUUUAUGACUUUGAUCCUUCUAAUCAAACACUGAGGCUUUUACUUGAGCUUGAAUUAAACGGCACAGACAUAGAAGAGGCCGCAUGCGCUUGGGCAUUAACACAUCAAAACGAGUUGAAUGCGUGGAAUGUUAUUGCUCGCAGAGAAAAGUUCUACGUGAAGUUUUUUUAUUGUGAGGACGAUGGUGACAUUAUGAAAUACGUGGACCUUAUAAGUAUCAUUAUGUCGCAUCAUGAAAGUGAAGCAAUAAAAAAUAAUUUUGAAAUAGUAGUACAAGCAAAGCCCUACAAUUGUUCAAAUCCUAAGAACUUAAGCAAAAAGAUUCAUGAGUUGGAAAAAUACGUACAAUUUGACCGGCUGGUGUCAAUUAUUGCGGCGGGCGUGGUGGGUGCGACAGAGGCGGCUGCGCAGGCAUCACGGAUGCAUGUGCCAUUGCUACUUAUAGACGCAGUUGCAGCCAUACCCGCCGGCCGUAGUGCGGAGCCCACCAAUCUCUGGCGUGUGCUGGGCCAGUCGCGACACCUUGCACUAGCGUUGCAGCGCUUCGUCCAAGACUCCGGCUGGACCCGCAUAGCUGUGCUGUCCCAAAUAACGCCGCUGGCCGCAGAGCUUUAUGCUAAGAUAAGUGACGGUGCUACGUUCGCUCACCGCGAAUACAGGAUACCGAUAAGGCCAUCGAAACAGGAAGUGGUAAACUCCUUACUGUUAUUACGAACGAAAGCACCUAUUAUUUUCGUGAACGCUGAUUGCAGAGUGGCCUCUGUUAUCAUGGCGGCUGCAAUAGAACUGGAGAUGAGCUUUGACAAGGGUUUCGUGUGGAUCUUCCGCGAAUGGCCGAACACGACGGUACCUACGACUUUGCUAACGGUGUCAUUUUGGGCGAGGGGCGAGGAAGGCGUGGCGCGCGAGUCGUGGCACCAGCCGCUGCUAACCAAGUUGAAGGGGCUGUGGCCAAGUGGUGUCUGGCCGCCGCGCGCGCUUGCGAUCGUUGAUGCUUUCCUCAUGUCAUUGGCCGGCUUCAGUGGCAUGCUGCUUAAGAAACCUAACGCGCGACACGACCUGCACUCCGUUGCCACCAUGAGGGCGUUCUACAAAAGUCUCAACCAGAAGCCGAUGAAAGGUAUUAACCGUGUUAUGCAAUACAAGGAGGGAGUGGUGGAGGAGAGCUACGUGUUUGUGGACGAGUGGCACGGCGACCGGUUCUCGCGGCUGGCGGCGUGGCGCGUAAACGCGAGCGAGCGUACCGUGAUUGGGCCCUACCAGCGGCCCGAGCACCUGCCACACGAGGACGGUGCCUCAACAUGCGUGGCGCGCGCUGGCAAUGACUUCGAGCCCGUCUGCUACGACUCCAUGUGGGUUGCAGCGCUGCUAUUGCUGGCUAUAUCGCCGCCUGCACUUAUCUUCUAUCGUCGAGCGCUAGAACGCCGUUUAUUACAAGCGCGGGAAAUUCAAUUAUUGGAGUGCCGCCAGCAUGUAGCUGCGUUGGCUGCAUACCUAGUGGAACGUGAAGCGAUAGAAUUACGCGAGGAGCUCGGAACAGGCCAUUUUGGUUGCGUCCGUCAAGCCCUUCUACGCUUACCGGGCCGCGGUUCUCGUUACGUAGCAGCAAAAGCGUUACGUGAAAAUGUCUCACCCGCCGAAGAGAGUGAAUUUUUACGUGAGGCUUGCACUAUCGCCUCCCUUCACCAUGAGCACAUCGUACGCCUCGUUGGCGUGUGCAUAUCAAACGGGCCGCCGCUGGUACUCAUGGAGCUUGCAUUUUUUGGAGAUCUACUUAACUACCUCCGAGCACGACGACAUCUUGCAGAGAACGUAGAGCGUACCGACCAGGAGACGUACGCGCCGGUUGAGGAAGCAGCGCACGUUUCGGGCUUGGAGUUGACCCGGCUUGCGCGCGAGGCGGCCUCGGCGCUGGCUUACCUAGGCUCGCGCGGCGUCGUGCACCGCGACGUGCGGGCCGCUAACUGCCUGGUGGACGCGCGCCGCUCGCUGAAGCUGGCCGACUUUGGUAUGGCGCGCGAGACGGUGGUGGGUGCGGAAGGCGCCCCGGAGUAUGCGUGCCGACGCCGUGCCAUGUUUCCAGUGCUGUGGAUGGCGCCCGAAAGUCUUGCGCAUGGAGUAUUCUCGGCGGCGACCGACGUUUGGGCGCUGGGCGUUCUGGUGCUGGAACUGGUGACGCUGGGUGCGCGGCCCUACGGCAGCAUGUCCCCGCUUCGCGUGCUAGAGUAUGUAGCUGCUGGUGGGUGCCCACCAUUGCCACUGGACGCCACGCCGAAAACGCGUGCAUUGGUGCAGCUGUGUUGGCAGCGCGAGGCAGAGCGGCGGCCGAGCGCGGCGGAGGUUCACUCGUAUCUGACGGCGCGACCGCGGGCUCUGCGCGCAGCGCUGCGCAUCGAACAGCGACCUGCCGACGCCGACAGCGGGAUAGGAGAAUCACCCUCCACGGAGUUGCUGCCUAAAGGCUCACCCCUGGAUUCAAUUGAUGCUUAAACAGGCACCUUCAAAUCGAUAAAAAUAUAUUAAAUACUAACGCGUCGAAAAAAAGAUGUUCAGUUUCAUAAGAUUCUGUGUUUUAGCACAACUACAAAAGUUAUAGAUUUACUAAAUAGAACAAGCACGAGACACUCAAUAAUAUAAUUAUAGAAAAUAAUAAUUAGGACAAUAACCUCUCGCUGCCUAUGGCGGUAUGAUAGGGGGCCCAUUUUUGAGCCGACGAGUCACCGCCUGCUAAUUUAAUUCCAUUUUUGUGUGUUGAAACGCAGGUGCUAUAGUUUUCCAUAGCUUUAAAGGAAACCAUUCCGUUUAACAUUAUUAAUACCAAUAGCCCUUAUUAUUUAUACACAUUAUAAUCUGCAAUAGUUUUGUAGCUACCUUGGG